AUUUCACCUCUCUCUCUCUCUCUCUCUCUUUCUCUCUCUCUUACUUCUUCUUCAUUCUCGAUCCCUUCUCCAUUCAAUUCCUCUUCUUCUUCUUCUUCUUCUUCUUCUUCUUCUUCUUCUCUGACUCUCAUUGACUAAUUCCAUUACAAUGAGCUCUAUUAUCCAGAGCUUUCAGAAGAGAGCGAAUUCACUUCCAGUCUCACAGAUCUGUGAUGAUUCAAAAGAUCAGGGCCUGCGUAGGAGGCUCUCUUCUCUUUCCCUGAAAAUCCAACCCAUUGCUUCACCUGCAGCUUCAUGGGCAUUUCGCAGAUCCAAAUCCGUGUCCUCCAUGGGAGAAUACGCAGGAACUUCAAUAAGAAAAUGGUGGGAUUGGGGCUGGUCUUGGAUUCUCUCAAGAAAACCCAUUUUUGCUAAAGAUCUGGAAAUGAACGAAGAAGAAACCAGAAUUCUUGGUUGCCAUAACAAAGGAAGCUGGAGACAUGUGUUCUAUAAAGUCAGAUCAGAAAUAAGAAAGAUUGUGAGAUCUGAAAAUAAAGUUGGCCUUCCUCAAACUUGCAGGUAUGAUUCUUUCAGUUACUCAAAGAAUUUUGAUAAUGGAAUUAAUAACCAGACCUAUUAAUUAUGAAAAUCAAGAUUGAAGAUUCAAGCUUUUCCAAUGCCAAAUAAAGAUUCAAGAUUCAGGAUUCAAUUGAUCAAGAAGCAAGAGAUAUAUUAUAGAUAAUUAAGAUUCUUUUUAAUGUAUUGCAUUUUCUUUUCUUUUCUUCACGUAAUUAGAUAUAGAGAAAAAGAUCUGGAAGCUGAACUUAUGGCUCCUGCUUAUAAUUGAAUGUUGGAAAUGGGAUUUGAAAUUGUACCGUUUAAAGCAGGGUGCUGUUGGGAUUUAAUUAGUUGAAUUUGAAUGUUGUUGUUGUAUGUGACUUUGAAGACGAGCAACUGUCGUUUAGUAUUGUAAAUGAGAAUGUUUAUUGUAAUUAUUUAUUUAUUUGUUUGUUUUAUUAUAUUUUGGAAGGGUUCAUUGUAUUUGUUAUAUUAUGUGAGUAAAAAGAAUUAUUAGCUGUU